AUGGUCCCUGGCGUGGAGAGAGAGAAAAUCUCCAGGAGAAACCAGCCCUGAUUUUCCGUGGAUUGGGAGUGUCUGUGGAAUUCCAGGAGGUGAUAAACCACGACAUUUAUCCAAGCAAACCCAGUCCUGGAUUCCCUGGAAACCUCCUUGGUUUUGGGUCCUGACUGUGUUUGAUCCCACCUGGAAUCACCACAAAUCCCAGAAUUUUGGCUUGUUCAUUAGUCUUGAAGGGCAGGAAUCUCAUAAAUCAAAUUAUUUUCCAGCUCCCUGCCCAACCUGACUUCCUCCCUCUCCCUAAUCAAGAAACAAAACUGGUGCAGGAAUAAACAAACCUGGAAAAUUUUGGAACUUUAAAGAUCUAAAUCCCACAAUUUUUCGAUAUCUGUGAAUUCCCACCUCGUCUCUGCGUUGUGUAUUCCCAAUUUUUAUCCUGAACUGUGGGAAAACCAGGCUGGAAAAGGAGCUGCCCUGCACAGGUGCUGAAGAUUUGAAACCUUUUCCUGCUGCCCUUUGGAUCAAGGCAUGCCACAAAUGGAACCUUUGGAAUUUCUGGAUCCAGCCUGUCGAGAUUGGCUGGAAUGUUGCUCCUGAGGGAAAAAAACUUUUGUGGUCAAAGUCCCUUUUCAGAACUUGUAGGGUUUCAUGCAGGGAUUCCUGGAGUCUGUUCCCUUGCAGGUGUGGAAAAGAUCCGUGUCCAGGGAAUACAAAAAUUCCUCAAUUCCCUAAUCCACGUGGAAUUCAACAUGGAUAUUCUGGAUCUGGCUGUUCAGGCAAGUCUGGCUGGAGUAGAAAUAUCCACGAUGAGGGUAUUUGGGAGAAAACUGAGCUGGGGGUUUGUUAUUGAUAUUCCCCGGGGAAUGAUUCCAGGCUGGAAUUUUUUUUUGCCUCAAUAGAAAUUCCUGCUAUUUGUGGGUGGUUUCAAGUGAAGUUGUUAAUGAGCAUUUAAUGUUAAUUUCAAUGUUGCCUUAAUUGAACUAAUUAAACAAUCUGCUCACUCCUAAAUCUGAAUUAUAAUUGGGAUUUUGGUCCUUUAUAAGGGGAAUUAGUAAUGGAUUGUUGGUUGUAAUUUCCAUGGAAUUUAUUUUCUUUCCCUGUUUGAAUAAGUUUUUAGUUUUGUGAGGAGACAUUUUACCUUUAUUUCAAGGAGCAUAAAUCAGAAAUUAUUUAAAACAAGACGGAAAUGGCUCCAGAGCUUUUAAUCCUUCCAAUUCUUCCUUUGAUCAUCCAAAUUCUCGGAAAAGGGAAUUUACCCUCAGCUGUCCUGAAUGGGAAGGAAUAAAGCCUGGAGACUUCAGAAGUCAGCGCAAUGAAGAUAAAGUUCCUGGUGGGAAGAGAUUGAAAAGAUGCGAACUGGUAAGUAGCUGAAAACCUUUUUGUGGGCUAAGGGGAUAGUGAUUUUACUAAAAUUCCUUUAAACUGUGAAAUAUACUUGGGGAGGUUUGGAUGCUUGAGAAGAAGACCUUAUUUUUGCGUUGAAGAAAUAUAGCUCUCUGUUCUGGGACUGAAAUGUGAACAGAGACAUUUAAUAGAGAAAGAGAUGACUUUUUGCCUUGGAGAAUUGGAGCUCUCUCUGUCUUGGGACUGGAAUAGAGACAGAGACAUUUGAUAGUGAAGAAGAUGAAGAGAAUCUUGUUUUUCAGCAGCCUGCCUUUAAAAGUACUACCCCAUGUGUGUAACAUAACCCAUUGCACAGCUCUGAAAGGACUGUGACAGAAUGGGAGGAAAAAUCAUAAUCUGCAAUAUUUUUCCCGGGCGGAUGUGGAUUGUGAAGGUGAAGACGUCCCCUAAGCCAUAACCAAAAAGGGACUUUUCUCUCUUAAGUGAACUGAACUGAUUAUUUGAAUGUAUCACUGACUGAAGUGCUUUCUGUAUGUUUGUUGGUAAGAAAUGUUGAAUGAAGGGGAGGAGGAAACAAUCUAGGGGUCUUAUUCUGAAUAUUUUUUUUGUGUUAUUGAUAAAUUUCUUCUUGUACCUAAGUUUUAAGCCUGCCUUGUCUCUACUCCUGGGUCCCGUCUCUAAAAGAAAUUAAAUAUAUUAAGGUUGGCAAACCCAAGUCACACCGUGACACUGCUUUUAGUAAAUUGUUCUUAACUCAGCCUGUGACCUUUCAUUGUUUUACCUGCAGUUCUUUUCUCAGCAGAGGGAAGGGGCGGCAGAGUGGGAGAAGGGAGCAGCUCGUGGUUUGGAAUGUUUCAGCGGGAGCAUCAUACCGGGGAUAACCGGGGUGUCACAAAGGGCUCCCUGUGACCUGGCCACCUGUCCCCAGCAACGGCUCCCAGGCUUUGCUGAGCUGGCAGCAGCCCCGGGCUGCAGUGUCCGGCAGGACAGCGGUGGGACAGGACGGGAGCGUGACGAGCCCGCGAGCACAGCUCACCUCUUCUCCCUGCAGAAGGGAGAGAGACAUUUCACCCGACCUUCCCCCUUACUGAUAUUUAUACAUUUUCUCUAUUACGUAAAAUGGAGAAAAGACCUCCAAGACAGCCCAAGGUGGCCUGGGAGGAGGUGGCGGCUCCUCAGGAGAGCAGCUCUGCAGCGGAGCCCCCCGAGUUGACCACGCUGCAGCCACUGCAGCCCAAUGCCAGCUGGGUACCUGUUGAUGCACUGGAAGCCAUGGACUUCAUCCAGGCCUUUGCCAGCAGCCCCGACCAGCUCCAGGACAAGGACCUGAAGCUGAAGUUCCUUGACAACAUCUGCACCCUGUGCAGAGCAGCCAAGGACAGUGGCUUCUCCCAUGCUGUGGAUGUUUUCUGCAGCAGAUACAAGCUGGGAGAGAUGAUCGAGGUGCUACUGAAAUUGGAGCCCAAGUACGAGAUCUGUACCCAGGUGCGGCAGCUCGCCAUGCUCGCCCUUGCCGGACUGAGCACCAUUGGGACAGUGCUGGAGAGCAGAAAACUUUUACGAGUCUGCUUUGACAGCAUCUUUUUCCUUCGGCCGAACCUGGAGAUGCAGAGCCUGGAAGUGUCCCUCUAUGCUCAGACCCUGCACGCUAUGGACACCAUGCUGGAGGUGAUGGUGCUCAGCUCUCCUGCCUCCAAAACCAGCGAGAUGCUGCAGGACAUCUUGGAGGUUCUGCUGGACUACUUGUUCUUUGACACAGUGGCAGUGCAGGAGAGGGUCAUGGGCAGGGUUAGGCUGCUGAGCCAUUUGCUGGCUGACCCUUCCUCUGUGCAGGCUGUUCAAAAUGAGAACAGCAGUGCUGCCAGCAGACAGAUCCAGAUCCCAGUCCUUGGGAAGCUGCUGGGCCAUCUGUUUUUCAAGUUGUUCAGGACAGAAGAAACCAGCUCAAUGGCAGUGGAAACUCUCUGCUCCCUCAUGACAUUCGUCUCUGGGCAGAAAUGUGCCACACUGCCACAGGGUCAUGCCCAGCCCCCAGCAUACUGGGAAUCUGAGAUGACCUCCUUGCUGAAUAUGCCCACCACUGGGAGAGUUCAGGCCUUUGGGAGAUACCUCAGGCCUGCUGAGAGGACAGGCAUCGUCCUUGCAGCCAUCGAGAUCUUGGGACGCUCCAGCCUCCUGGACAAGAACGCUCCGAUGGAGUUUCUGGAGGAGGCCAUGGAAUCCCCUGAGCUGUGGCUGAUGGAUGUGCCAAAGAUUGUGAGACACCUCUUUGAGUACUGUGAUGAGAAAAACACAACAACCGCUCACAGCUUUUACUCGCUGCUUGCCCUGAUGGUAAAUAAGUGGCCUGGGCAGGUCAUUGCUACAGCUCUGGAGGUUGCCCCAAUAUUCAGUGACAAAGUCUGUCUGUGGAAGGUGAUGUUCUCUGUGCGCCAGACUCUGGAGAAGGUUUUGAAGGAGCUGCAUAUCCAACUGCAGGACUGGCAUAAAAACAUCUUCACUCGACAGCAGAAGUCCUGCCUUACUUUCUUGUCUAUGCUGGCUUAUGGUGAUGUGCUGGAAGACAAAGUGCGUCCAUUGUACAAGAACUUGAGUCUUCGGAGCUCUCCAAGAAGGGAAAUGGUCCCUCUGGUGCUCAGGGCCCUGGUGACGCUGUCGGAGAGAGCCGAGACGGCAAGAAUAAUGAAGGGCCUCCUGCCCGAACUGCUGAAAUUCCUUUGGGAUCAGUCUUGGGACAUUUCAGUGAUGGCCAUGGACGCCUGCGGAAACGUGCUGGGGCAGCUGAAGAAGAGUGAGGCCAGCCCCAUGGCUGUGAAGGUGGUGCAUAGUCUCUUGCACCUCUUUGAUGCGAAGGAAGAGUGUGUACGGGAGCGCUCCAUCUGCCUCUUCAGAGACCUGCUGGGCAAAAUGGUGUGGAGGGACAAGAAGGUCAUGAGAAGAAACUCGUGGAAGGCCCUGGUCCGGCUCAUCCUUCACAUGAGUGACCAGGCCCCUGGCGUGGCCAAGGCCUCCAAGGAAGCCAUCCUGGCUAUAGCAGAGCUCCUCAAGUGGAAAGAGCUGAAGCACCUGGUGCUGACAGAGCAGACAUGGAGGAUGGGCGAGUGCUUGCUGGCCAAGGACAGCAGCAGGGCUGAACGGUUCGUGUGGGACAGCCAGCCCUACCUGCUGAGCCCUCAGGCCCCCAUGCGAGAGGCGGCCCUCAGGUUCAUUGGGCUGGCUGCGCGGCACCUGGGAGAGCAGAGCGAGGACACCCUGGCUGAGGUCGUCCUGAAACUUGACACACUGCAAGAGAGAGAGAAGGAUGCCUCCAUCCGUUGCCUGGCGGCUCAGACCAACUUGAUCUUGAGGUUUCUAAAAAAGCAGCGAAGAUCAAGAUUCUCCCUGCGUACACUGUGCUGCUGGUGCUGCUGAGCAGAGGGACCUUCACAUCAGGCGUGCCAGGGACACAAACUCAAGCACCUGCUGAAUCGUGGGGUGUGAAAGGAUGCCCUGGCUUUCUAAGCUCCUUCUCAAGGUGCAGCCCAGCAUUUCUGUGACUGCUGACUCCACCAUUGCCCUGACAGUAGGGACCCAUUCCCCACAGCCCCUGAGCAUGGUGUGAGGUGUCUAGAAUAACCCUGGGUCACGGCCAGUCCCCUUCUGGCUCCUGCUGCAAGGCUGAGCUGCCUGCCCUCAGCCCUUCUGCUCUCCUGCCUGCCUCCCCCAGGCUGGUCCAAAUGAGGACAGAGGUGCUGCCUGUGGAGAGAUCCAGAUCCCUGUCCUGGGGAAGCUGCUGGGCCAUCUUUUCAAGUCAUUCAAGACAGAAAAGGCUGCUUUGUGGCUCUGGAUGGCCUCUACACCCACUUCAAGUUCAUCUGUCAGCAGGAAGAAUUUGAAAGAUUGCAGGCCAGAGAGAAGGAUCCUGGGUGCUUGGACCUGGCUGUUUAAAAUCCUCAGAGAGAAGUCAGUGUGGCUGGAUCCAAGCCCAGCCACAAACCCUUCUGAACUAUAUUUAAUUCUAGAACCUUAAUUACUUUAUAUAUAUAAUUCAUACUAGUAAGCAAAAUGUAUAAAUUACA